GAGGGGCGGGGCGUUCUGUUCUAGAAGCCGUUGCCUUGGAGGCCCCUCCAGAAACAUCAGGACUAGGAGCGCCGGCGAGAGGCGAAGGCGGAGCAGCCGGGGCCAUGUUCAGGGGGAUGUCCAGGGUCUUCGAGGAGGACCCCUUCUUUCGGGACCCACUUGCUGCACAUAAUGAGCAUAUACGUCAAUUUGUUUCUGAACCUUUUGAUCGUGAUCCAUUUUUUGCUGGUAGAGAAAGAAGACUGGCUCAAAGAGGACAUCCAGAUUGUCAGGCGAUGAGCUGUUCCCUUAUGCCUUUUGGCAGUUUUGGUGGCAUGGGUAGGAAUUUCCCCCUUAUCCCUUUUGGCUGUUUUGGUGGCAUGCAGAAUAUAGAUUUCAGGGAUCCUUUCUCUGCAGUGAACAUGAUGAUGUCAAAUAUGGGAAACCACAUGAUGGAUUUGCAAGCAAAUUUUGAUAAAAUGGCACUUAAUUCAAAUGCCCACGUUUUCAGUUCUUCUUCAAUGAUGACCUUUACAAAGAAAGGUGAUGAACCUCCAAAGAUUUUCCAGGCUUCAGCACAGACUCAUGUGGCUCCAGGAGGAAUUAAAGAAACUAGAAAGGCACUUAAAGAUUCUGAAACUGGACUGGAAAAAAUGGCCAUUGGUCAUCACAUUCAGGAUCGGGCUCAUGUAAUUCAAAAGGCAAAGAACAACAAAACUGGUGAUGAAGAACUGAAUCAAGAAUUUGUCAAUUUAGAUGAAACUGAAGCUCAUGCAUUUGAUGAACAAUGGCAGAAGGAGAUUCAGAAGUUUAAGCUCUCUCUAGGAAGAAACAACAUAGAUGCACCAAGACUCCGAAACAUCCAGCAUGUAGGCAGGGAAGAUGCAGUAAGAAGGGAGAAGACGCACCCAAGACCAACCAUAGAGGGAUCCAGGAAGCCUAAAUCUUCUCUGCAGAAUCUCACUGUCAAGGGGUCACAUGUCCCUCUCAAAGCCAGCAAAAACUAAAUUGCUGUCUUGCUUCUAUAUUAUUAAUCUGGCUGUAUUUUUGGGAGGACACAGUAAUUCUGAAUCAAUGAGUAAGACCAAGCCUUCUCUUCUUAGGAAUGAUUUUAUUAUUUUACUACUGGAUGUUAAUGACAGCUCCAAAUCCUUGAUAACACUUGGUUUGGCCAGUAAAGGAAAACACUGAUCCUGAAAAGCACUUUAUGGGCUUCUCUCUCUCUCUCUCUCUCUCUCUUUCUCUUUCUUUCUUUCUUUCUUUUGUUGGUAUGAUGUGGAUUGCAAAAGCCUUUACUCACAACAGCAGCUCUAUUAUAUUUGUAGACAAAGUUAUAAUUGCAACUAUACAUACAAAGUUUCAAAGGAGGACCGGUAAUAAACUGCUGUUUGCAACUCAGGCAGUGCGGGUUUUGUUUUGGUGAAGAGGCAGUAAAGUCUAAAAGUAUAAAGGUAAAAAAAUACUGAGUAGCAUGUGGACUACUCUUCUAUUAAACAGCCAAUAUUGACAAAGAGACCUUCAAAAACGUCAGAUAAAGUGCAUAAAUAAAAUUGCAUUUUGUUACUGGUCUCUUAAGUUUUGUGUUACCUCUUAACAUAGCCAUAACAAAACUGUUGUUUAUUCUGUUGCUGUUGAAGAUCACCCUGUAUUUCAGCUGUGCUAUUCUCCUUGCUGAGUGUAAGAAGCAUAUUACCAGUCCUUUGCCUAUAGCAAUAAACCAUUGUCCUACCCAUUAACAACCUGUGAUUGUUUUGGCAGGUUGGUGCCCUGAGUGCUAUUAGAGCUAGUGAAUAACAAGAAGUAUAAUUCAUAGACAUCUUAGUGAAGGGAAAGCUUUUUUUAGAUAGUCUACAUUAAUGAUAAGAUGUCAUGUCAUUAUCAAGUCAUUAAAUGACGUACAGAUAGCUCACAAAGUUUCCAUGAUGCAUCUGAUGGUUUUAUUGAAUAAAUUUCCAACACACAUGGCAUAAACAUAACUAGAAAGCUAACAAUAUUUUUAGGGCGCAAAAAGUACCAAAAAAACCUGAACUGCAUUACUAAACUAACUGAAAAUUCCCAUAAAAGAUCUGUAAUCCUGAUUUUUGUAUGUUCUCCAAACUUGUUUUUAGUAUGUCCCACUUAGAUCUAUUUUUAACAAAGUGUGUUUCCCUCCAAACUAUUAUAUUCCAAUAUAUUUAAUGCAAAUAAACCCAUUUUAAAUUAUUAAAAGCCAUUCUUCUAAUGAAUACAUUUAGUCAUCUUUAAUUGGAAAUUAUAUGGCUAGUGAGGCAAGCCAGUUUCAUCUUCCGAAUCUUAGACUGGACUAGAAAUGCGCAAAAUGCAUUUGAGGUAACAGGGAUUUCGUCUAGCAUUAUUUGACAGUGUACACUAAGAUUAUCUUUAGUGGUCUUCAUUGUUACCUUUUCUCUCCAUCAUUAAGAUUUGUGCUUCCUCAUUAUUAUUUGGUUUUUCCAUUGGUUGGCUGGUUAAUUAGAAAGUUGUAAGUUAGAUCUGUUGUGAUCUGAGAGACAUUUUGUCUUGCAGAUCCCAAAAAUGUUUGCAAUAAAAAUGUUUUUAGAAAAGAUUACACAUUUGCUUUCAUAAUAAAAAUGCAAAUUUUCUGGAUAUGUCUUCACUGUAAAGUCUUCAUGAUGGUCUCAUUUUUAAAGAGAGCAGUUACAAAGUAUUUUUAAAGAUCAAAUGCAACCUAUAUUUGUGCUACCUAUAAAUGCACCAGAUUAAAUGAAUUAGUUGGUUCUGCAGGUUAGCUCAAGGCUUCUCGGUGUCUUUGUAUAGAAACAAGCUUGGCAAAGUUUGAACACUUGUCACUUGAAAUUCUAUAACAGUGGCUAACAGAGUAUCUAGUAUAUAAAAAAUAAAGAUUCUGUCCAGUUACAUCCUUCCAAUAAAGGGAAGUUAUAGUUUCUGUGCUUUUACAAAAGUAUAAGUUGAUGCAAUAUCUUUGCAUUUUGAUGCUGCAUAACUGUAGACUAAUACUGUAUGACAAUGUUAAUAAAUGUUCUCAAGAGUUCAUGAAUAUCACUUGCCACUUUUUUGUUAAUAAAGAACUGUUUAACAGAA